AUGGCCAACUGGGUGAAGCGUGACCUGCCGGUCACGUCUGACACCACGCCGGCCGAGCCGCAGACGUUCCACGCCACCCUGAACCCUUCUCUGCUGAAGACCUUCCAAGACGUUCAGGAGAACCUGAGCAGCAGACGGUUCCAGCUGGUGGACGCCCGAGGGGAGGGGAGGUUCCGGGGCCCGGAGCCAAAACCAGGAGAAGCAGGGAUUGAACCCGGACACAUCGUCGGCUCGGUGAACCUCCCCUUCGCCGGUUUCCUGACACCGGAAGGUUUCCAGAAGCCGCCCCACGAGAUCCGUCGCCUCUUCGAGGAGAAGGGCGUGGACCUGAAGAAGCCGCUGACGGCCACGUGUCGGCGGGGGGUGACCGCCUGUCACCUGGCUCUGGCCUCCUACGUCCUGGGGAAGGACGACACGGCCGUCUACGAUGGAGCCUGGUCCGAGUGGUUCCACCGCGCCCAACCCGAGCACAAGGCGUACGAGGGGAGGAGCCAAGCCUGA